AUGUUUGCUGAGGACGACGACGAUGACAUGUUUGCCGAAGACCCGAAAGAUGACCAUCCUUCUCAUGCAUCGGCGAUGGCUGUCCCGCAGCCCCAGGAACUAGACAUAAGCAUGAUGGACAACUGGGAUGAUCCCGAAGGGUACUACAACGUGCGGCUUGGUGAGUUGAUCAACGGUCGUUAUCAUGUCACCCAAACGCUCGGCAAGGGGAUGUUCUCUGCUGUCGUACGGGCCACCGACUCCAAGACCAACAAGCUGGUUGCUAUCAAGAUCAUUCGCCAGAAUGAUACCAUGCGCAAAGCCGGUAUGAAAGAGAUUGAUAUCCUAGAGCAAUUGCAUGAGGCCGACCCAGAAGACAAGAAGCAUGUCAUCAAAUUCGAGCGCUACUUCGAACACAAGGGCCAUUUGUGCAUGGUGUUUGAGAAUCUAAGUCUGAAUCUCCGCGAAGUUCUCAAGAAAUUCGGACGCGAUGUCGGAUUGAAUCUAGGUGCCAUCCGUGCCUAUGCUCAGCAGAUUUUCCUAGGACUCAGCCUCAUGCGCAAAUGUAACAUCUUACAUGCAGAUCUGAAGCCAGAUAACCUGCUUGUCAGUGAGCAGCUCAACGUCCUGAAAGUGUGCGAUCUGGGAUCUGCAUCGUCCGCCUCGGACAAUGAGAUUACUCCCUACCUCGUCAGUCGUUUCUACCGUGCUCCAGAGAUUAUCCUCGGCAUUCCUUACGAUUAUGCAAUUGACGUCUGGUCCAUCGGAUGCACCCUUUUCGAGCUUUACACCGGGAAAAUCCUCUUCACUGGUCGCAACAACAAUCAAAUGCUCCGUUCCAUCAUGGAGUGUCGCGGAAAGUACCCGCCUAAACUCCUGCGACGAGGAUCUCUCGCCCACCUCCACUUCGAUGACAUGCUGAACUUCCACGGCACGGAGGAAGACAAGAUCACCGGCCGUCUUGUCACAAAGAUUGUGGAUUUCAAGAAACCGACUCGUGAUAUCAAAACCCGGCUCAUGGGCAAGGGCACGCGCGGAAUGUCAGAUGUCGAGGUGAAAGACUUGCAAUCAUUUGUGGAUUUCCUGGACCGUUGUCUCAGUCUGAACCCUGAGAAACGCUGCACCCCGACCGAGGCGUUGAAACACCCUUUCUUAACCCGCAAAUAG